GCGCGCAGGCGCACGGUAGCAGCCGCAAUGGCGCUCCCGGGCUCCUUGAAUCGGUAUCUGCUGCUCAUGGCACAGGAGCACCUGGAGUUCCGCCUGCCGGAAAUCAAGUCUUUACUAUCACUGUUUGGAGGCCAGUUCAUUAACAGUCAGGAAACUUAUGGAAAGUCUCCAUUUUGGAUUCUUAACAUUCCCUCUGAAGAUAUCGCAAGAAACUUAAUGAAACGGACUGUGUGCGCCAAGUCUAUAUUUGAACUAUGGGGCCAUGGAAAAUCUCCCGAGGAGCUGUAUACUUCUCUUAAAAGUUACCCUGUGGAGAAGAUGGUUCCAUUUCUACAUUCAGACUCGACAUACAAAAUAAAGAUUCACACGUUUAAUAAAACUUUAACUCAGGAAGAAAAAGUGAAACGAAUAGAUGCACUUGAAUUUCUGCCAUUUGAAGGAAAAGUGAACUUAAAGAAACCACAGCAUGUAUUCUCCAUUUUGGAGGACUAUGGUUUGGACCCCAACUGUAUCCCUGAGAAUCCACAUAAUAUUUAUUUUGGCAGAUGGAUUGCGGAUGGACAAAGAGAGCUAAUUGAGUCAUACAGUGUCAAAAAGAGACAUUUUAUUGGAAAUACAAGUAUGGAUGCUGGUUUAUCAUUCAUCAUGACCAACCAUGCAAAAGUGAAAGAAAAUGAUCUUGUCUUUGACCCCUUUGUUGGAACAGGUGGCCUCCUGAUAGCAUCUGCUCACUUUGGUGCAUAUGUGUGUGGGACAGACAUAGACUACAACACGGUUCAUGGCUUGGGAAAGGCUAGUCGAAAAAACCAGAAAUGGCGUGGACCAGAUGAGAACAUCAAGGCGAAUCUUCGUCAGUAUGGCUUAGAGAAGUUUUACCUUGAUGUCUUGGUUUCAGAUGCGGCUAAGCCUUCCUGGAGGAAGGGAGCGUACUUUGAUGCAAUCAUCACAGAUCCUCCAUAUGGUAUCAGAGAAUCUACAAGAAGAUCAGGUUCACAGAAGGAGAUACCAAAGGGAAUAGAAAAAUGUCCAGAAAGCCACGUUCCUGUCUCCUUGAGUUAUCACCUGAGUGACAUGUUUUUUGACCUGUUAAAUUUUGCAGCUGAGACCCUUGUACUGGGUGGAAGACUAGUCUAUUGGCUACCAGUAUAUACACCAGAGUACACUGAGGAGAUGGUGCCUUGGCACCCUUGCCUGAGACUUGUUAGCAACUGUGAACAGAAGCUUUCCAGUCACACAGCAAGGCGCUUGAUUACCAUGGAAAAGGUGAAGGAAUUUGAGAACCGGGACGAGUAUUCACACCUGCUGAGUGAUCAUUUUCUGCCAUACCAAGGACAUAAUUCUUUCCGUGAGAAAUAUUUUAGUGGUGUAACAAAAAGAAUUGCCAAGGAAGAAAAAUGUAGCCACGAGUGAAAACUGAUGGGAACAAUCGUGAAAGAAGGAGAGUUUUAUAAAAGGCUUUGGAUGUGAAUGUGUGCAGAUGACCUAAAAGACCUGCGCUGACUUACAGUUUUUAUAUAAAUAACUGCUAUUAAUCAAAAUUGAAUAAUUUCAAAAUGAUCUUUGUUCUAGAGACUAUUUUGAUAUAUAUGUCUUUUGAACCUUAUUAAGUGUCAGAGACUGAUACAUAAAGACAAAGUAUUUAUAUUUUUACAAAGAAAAUAUUGUAUCUACCAGAUAUAUGGUAGGCAAUUAAUAGUGAUUUAGAAUUUACUCAUUUUGUAAAGUUGCUUGGUUUGCUUUUUAGUUGUAACUGUUUUUCAUUGACACCAAUAAACUUUACUGGGAAUUUCUAAAAAUUA